AUCACUUUCACAUCGCAUCGAUAGCAUCUGUCGAAGAAAGGCUUCGUUGAUUCCUCUAGUCCUUUUGGAGCUGGCCUUACUGGUUUCCGCCAGGAUCAUCUACCAGCACCAGGAAGAGGAUGAUCACGCAGGAAACGAUGUUCAGUACUCUCAACAGUACUAUGGACUAGAGGAAGCUGAGCAGGAUGGACACCAAGAGGCCGGGCACAUAGCUGAAGCUCAUUUACCAGCUACAGAUUACGGCCAUCAUCACCAAGAGGAACACAUUGAUUAUUAUGCUCAUCCGAAAUACAGCUUCAAAUACGGCGUGAACGAUUACCAUACUGGCGAUAUAAAAUCGCAGCACGAGUCGCGGGAUGGUGAUUCGGUAAAAGGCCAAUAUUCUCUGGUCGAGCCCGAUGGGUCCAUUCGCACUGUGCAUUACACGGCGGACAAACACAACGGAUUCAAUGCCGUGGUGCAUAAAUCUGGACCGAACAAGCACCUCCAGAGGACUCUGGAGCACACGGCGCACGAGGAGCACCACCUGGUGGACGAGCACGGGCUGGGGGGACACCAUUUGGAGGCGGAGGAAGGUUACGAGGAAGAGCAUUAUUAGGUUCCCAAAAAUUCUUCGAUAAAAGUUGUUGUUCUGAAUAUUUUUUUAUAUUUAUUUCUAUAGCUGUCAUUCAUUUUCGUUUUAAUCAUUACGACUAUUCAUCUUCGCCAGUCAUUCGUUCAUUACAUAAUUCAUCUUCAUCAUUAUCAAGUACCUAUUAUACCAGUAUUCUAAUUGUUCUAUCGUGAUUUAAAGGAAAUUAGUCAUUUACUUAAUUGUUAGGUUUUCUGCUGAUGUGGUGCUUAAAAAGAGAACUGAAUAAACGUAGUAUGUUUAAAAUUACUUCUACAUUUUGAUAAUAAUCAUGCUUAUGAUAUAGCGUUACUGUUUCCGAAUGGUAAAGAUUAUAGUGUUUUUAUUUAUCUCUUAAUAUGCG